CCACCAAACAAAACGCGACGCACGCGCGCGAAAAGCCUGUUUGGCAGCAGCAGCUCGUGCCGCGCGGGAUUAAUGGGGCAGAACCAGGCCAGAGCUGCGGCUGCCAGACCCAAACCAGGCGCGCGGCACGCGACGCGGGAGGACGAGGGGCAGAAGCGCGGCAGCAUCGGGAGGCCAGGCGACGCAACAACCACCGCAGCAGGCGCCGAGGAGGGAGCACCAGGCCCGGCCAUGGACACCUUCUUCCUGUCGCACGGCUCGCCGGCGCUCGCCAUCGACGACGCCAUCCCGGCGCGGCACUUCUUCAAGUCGUGGCUGCCGGAGCGGGUCGCGGGGGACCGGCCGCCGCGCGCCAUCCUCGUCGUGUCGGGACACUGGGAGACGGCCACGCCGGCGGUCAACGUCAUCCGCGGCAGCAACGACACCAUCUACGACUUCGGCGGCUUCCCCAAGCCCUUGUACCAGCUCAAGUACCCCGCGCCUGGCGCCCCGGACUUGGCCCUGCGGACCAAGGAUCUCCUGGAGCAAGCCGGGUUCGGCCCGGUGAAAGAGGAACACAGCCGCGGGCUCGACCACGGCGCGUGGGUGCCGCUGAUACUCAUGUACCCGGACGCCGACAUCCCCGUGUGCCAGCUCUCGGUGCAGACCGACCGCGACGGCACCUACCACUACAACCUCGGCAAGGCGCUGGCGCCCCUCCGGGAGGAAGGCGUCCUCAUCGUCGGCUCCGGCAACGCCACCCACAACCUGCGCAAGAUGGGGCCGAAGGGUUCCCCCGUGCCGCAGUGGGCCGCCGAGUUCGACACCUGGCUCAAGGACUCGCUCCUCAACGGAAGGUACGAGGACGUGAACAGGUACGAGGAGAAGGCGCCGCACGGGAAGGUGGCGCACCCGUGGCCGGACCACUUCUACCCGCUGCACGUCGCGCUGGGCGCCGCCGGGGACGGCGCCAAGGCGGAGCAGAUCCACGAGAGCUGGACCAACGCCUCGAUCUCCUACGCUUCUUACAGGUUCACCACCAACAACUGACGGCCUCGCUCGUGCCCGUCGGUACAAGUACAGCACCUGCUAAUUAAUUUGCUGAACGCUUGUGAACCGUGUCAUUAUCAUCCAUGAUCGUGUGUAUACGCACGCUUGUAGCAUUAUUGUGCUUUCAGUAAGCCCUCUGUGACGUACGUAGCUGUGCAUCAGAGGCCAUGUCUCGUGUUUGUUUGAUUUGAUUGUAUCGUCAUUGAGAUGGCUAAUUUCAGAAAAGCUUUUUAUGGUCC